AGCUAUCAUUCCAAGCAGUUCUAGGCACCAAGGAACAGCAAUUACUAUUUGUGACUCCAAAGAAAUGAGGACACAGAAGAUAGGAUCUCUGGGGUUUCUGGACAGAAGCCACAUUCCUUUGCUGCUGCAGCUGCUGUUGCUCAUUCUCUUUGCUGGACUCCUGAUGGCCAUCGUCAUCCAAGUUUUCAAGAUCCCAAGCUCAGAAGAAAUGCAAGAAGAAAAAACAAAGCAGGAGAAAAUGUACCAGGACCUGAGCCAGAUGAAGUCCAACAUUGAUAGCCUCUGUCGCCGCUGCCCUUGGGAUUGGACAUUCUUCGAUGGAAACUGUUACUUCUUCUCCAAGUCACAACGGGACUGGCACAAUGCCAUCACUGCCUGCCAGGAAAUGGAGGCCCAACUAGUCAUCGUCAAAAGUCAUGAGGAGCAGAGUUUCCUGCAGCAGACUUCCAAGAAAAAUGGCUAUGCCUGGAUGGGACUGUCAGAUCUGAACAAGGAAGGCUCAUGGUACUGGCUGGAUGGCUCACCUCUAUCAAACAGCCUUGAGAAGUAUUGGAAUGAAGGACAGCCCAACAACAUUGGGGGACAAGACUGUGUGGAAUUCAGGGACAAUGGCUGGAAUGACGCCAGCUGUGACAACCUGAAACUCUGGAUCUGCAAAAAAUCUGCAACUUCCUGUUCCAGCAAGUGAUGACCAGAUCCUCUCUGCAGUUUCCACACCCUAAACAUCCCCAUUGGGCAGUGGACUUUCACUCAUACUUUUCCCAGUUCUUUCUCCCUGUCUAUGGGCAUGGAGAUCUUAGUAUUAUCUCUCUGGGACUCAUCAGUCUCCUUUGUUAGUCACUAUGGUGCUGGACCACUGAUGUCCUUCAUUUGAUGUCUCCAAACUCCUACUGGCAUAGUUGUGGUUCUCCCAUUGGAUUUAACUAUAUUAAAGUCCCAUGGGGUGCACCGAUGGUUUUAGUGUGUUCCAUUCACCUCCCGUCUUCCUUGUUGAAGUCAGAGGGUUUACAUUAUCAUGUAUCAUUAUAAUAUGCAUUAUGUUGGUAAAUUGUCACAUACUGUUUGAGCCCACAGAAAAUCUGGCUUUGGAAUUAAGGUUAAACCCAUAACACCACUUCAGACCAAAGUGUCCUUACCACAAAGUGUCCUUCAA